AUGGCGCUCUCUGCGCUCAGGCAAAGAGUUUCGCGCAUACAAACUGGGUCAGCCGACUACAACCUGCAGUCGGCACCGCCCGCCGCAUCCCUUGAGGAGGACUCUCACGAGACAGGCCAGACGGUCGUCGAUCCGGACGCUGUCUCGCCUUCAACGAGCCCGAUUACCCCCAGGACUUCCCCGCCUAUGAGCCACCAAUACCGCCUACCCCUCCUCCCUCCCUCUCAAGGACUGCCAAAUCCAACAAGCGUCGAGCUCAGAAACGUGCGCGGGCGGCAGAAGGCGAUGGAUUGGCUGAUGCUGAACGCGUUGUGCUCAAGCAAAGCCCGACGCGACCGACCCAAACCCGCCUUCAUUGGAGACAGAAACGCGGUUUUUGCUCACAAUACUGGCGCCUCUACAAACGCGUCCGAGAAGGGUGCCUCCGCUGCAGCGCCUGGCUAUGGGAUGGUGGCCAAGACCUUGAGCAGCGAGCAGCUCGCUGAAAUUGGGUGCAGCGGCUUUAGUGAAGUUCCCUGGGAUGGAGAAAAAACGAUACCGCUUCUGGACUCUGAAGGCCGAGUCUAUGGCCUUCUCGGUGGCAAACCCCGUGACCGUGGCUGGGACGACCUAUGCAAACGCGCCAACGCCGAGGUUGAGCGCCAACAUAAAGAGCUCAACGUCUCUGACGAAAAGCGAGAGCACCGCCGGGCUGCUCGUCCCUUUGCAGCCGUAGCGCGUAGGGUUUCCCACGGAGGCGGACAGACCGUGCGUAGCUCCUUCUCCCCUGCAGCACUUAUGGCUCUAUGGGCGCCAAAGCUCUACGAAUACUACCUAGCCAUGCAAACAGCGCUUCUUCUUUGGAAGCCCAGCCUCCGACAGGGCUGGCCAUUCAAACGCAGCAUCUUUGCUGCAUGCACGAUCAACUUCAAGACGGCGGUGUCCUGUCGCCACCUUGACUUUGGCAACCUCGCCUAG